AUGGACAUCGCCACCAUCGCUGCCGCACGCGAUCUGCUACUCGCCGCCCUUCCAACUCACAAUCUCCCAGCGAUGGUUCCUCUCACCGAUGCGUGCGCCAUUGUCACCACUGCUGCCGACAUCGCCACCUUUGCCGUCACCGCUCUCCUUGAUGGCCAGGCGUCUGCAAGCAACACUGCAGCAGCGUUCAAGUCCUCCUCCAUUGACUUUGCCACCGAGACAGAUCUGUCUAUUGAGCGCAUGGCCUUUGACACCAUCGCCGCCCGCUUCCCGCACCAUCAUCGCAUCGGCGAAGAGUCCGCACCGUCGUCGACCUCGGCUGCGUCCGGCGACACCUUCUUCGGCCCAUCUGCCAUCACUUGGGUCAUCGAUCCGGUCGAUGGGACAACCAACUACACUCACGGCUUUCCCUUUGUCUGCAUCUCCAUCGCCGUCGUGGUAGCUGGCGAGCCGCUCGUGGGCCUUGUUGCGGCACCCUUUCUCCGCGACGGCCUCUACUUUGCCUGGCUCGGUCUGGGCAUGCUCCAUGGCUCGACAUGGCUCGUCCCGCUUGCUGACCGCCCCACCCCACCGCCUACCACCAUUGCUCAAGCUCUCAUUGCCACAGGCUACUCGUACGACCGCUCGCAUACAGCUCUUGCCGCACAGCACGCUGCAGAGACCGCUCUCGCAGGCGACCCAGAUCCCUGCCGCGGCAUCCGCAACAUCGGCUGCGCAGUCAUGGCCAUGACUCUCGUUGCCACGGGCGCUCUUGAUGCCUACUUUAUUCAUGGUCUGCACAUCUGGGACAUGGCCGCUGCCGUUGUCUUUCUCCGCCAACUCGGCGCUGUCCUCUACUCCACCGAUGGCUCGGCGUUUGAUCUCUGCGCACGCAACUGCCUCGUCGCUGCCACGGAUGACCUCGCUGCUGCCAUUCUCCCUUGCCUCACUCCGCUUGACGUUCCGCGUGAGAUCCUCUGA